AUGGGAAAACUGGGGCUCACACAGGCUAAGGACUCCCUCAAGGUCACACAGCCAAGAGUCGAGAUUCAAAUCAAGGUGCCCGAGCCCUUGUUGUUGGUGGUGACGCUGGGCUGCCUCCCGGGCUGGUCCUCUCUGGGCCCCCUUCCCUCAUCUCUGGGGGGGUUGAGGGGUGCAGGAGGCCAUGGAGAAGCAGGCCAGGGGCAGGAGGAAGACUGCAGACCACCCAGGCAAUCCCAGUACACGCAGGGUCUUUCUGGCCCCCCCACCCCCCGCCAAGUGGGGUUUCUCUCCUGGUUUUGGUUGCAUAGCUCCCCGCCCCCACCGUGUCCUCAGUCAAGCUUCAGACAGGCUUUCCCGUGGCCCAGACCCAGGCAACGUCCAGCGGGAUCUCCCUCGGAAGGGGGCAAGUGGAAGGCUGGUGCCGCCAGCCUCAGGAUGCAGCCUUCACAGAGGUUCCCAAGGCAACGCGGAACCACCUGUGCAGACAGCCUUCUGGGAGAGCCCAGAAGGGGCGGGAGAGCCGCUUCCAGGGCAGGAAGACACCUGUUUGAAGUCCUGGUGCUCAUAGAUGAUAACAAUAAUGGAGGGCUAGCACUUUUUUUAAGGGAAAAAAAAAGAAAUUAA